GAUACUUUGUCGAUAGGCUGAGUUAGACUUGUAGACGAAAUCGGUUGCAUAAACCAGCUAAUAUUUACUCAUAUAAAGAGAAGACCAGUGCUUUUCAAUUGAAAAAAACAGCAGGAAAGAAAAUUGCUCCUUAAGCAUGAUUAGCAAGACUAACGAUGAUUGGUUUGAACCAAUUCCAAUUGAUGAAUAUAUUUUAUUGAAUAAACAUUCGAGUGAUAAUAUUCCAGACACUUGUCCAAUCGAUGAAGCCUUGCCAGAUGGUCUUGACGUAAGAUGUGGACCAAUUCUUCGAUUACUGGGGACUUUAGAGAAUGGUGAAAGCAAUUAUCGAGGAUCAAUCAUGUUGGUUGUUAAAAAAAAUGAAAUUAAACCCAAGAUUACUUUCAAAAUUGGCAAUGCUUCCAAUGAAGAGGUUGAGCCUACUUUUGAAAAUGGAGAAUUCCCUUCGGUGCUUUUUUUCGAACAAGACGAAUUUGAAUUUUGGAGAUUUAAUAUCAAUUUAAAUCUUGUUGAAUAUGAACAAAAAAUUCAAUAUUACAUCAAUGGAACUUUUAAGAAAUCACAACAGUUUUUCAUCCCAGCAGUUAAUGAAUCAAUGAACGUGGUUUCUUUUAGUUGUAAUGGAUUUUCUUUGGGUACCGAUACUUCAAACUAUAAAUCUUCUCUUUGGUUGGAUGUUUUGAAAAAACAUGCAAAACAACAUUAUCAUGUAAUGUUGGGUGGAGGUGACCAAAUAUAUUGUGAUUCGAUUAAAAUAAAAUCUUCCCUUUUGGAAGAAUGGGCAAAUGAAAUCUCUGUUCAUAAAAAAAGAGAAUGGAAAGUUUCAGAUGAUAUGUUGAAACAAUUUGAAAAUUAUUAUCUUCAUGCUUAUCUUGAUUGGUUUGGUAAAGGUUAUUGGGUUGGUACUAACGGUAAAACUUUGCAAAAAAUAUUCCCCUUAACCAUGGCCCAAAUUCCUUCAGUAAAUAUCUAUGAUGAUCAUGAUAUUAUUGAUGGAUUUGGUUCUUAUGCUGAUGCAACAAUGGCUCAGGAUGUUUUCGCUACCAUUGGUAAUGUUGCUUAUAAAUAUUAUAUGUUAUUUCAACAUCAAAUUUCUUUAGAUGAAAAAGCUUAUUCAAAUGAUCCAAGUUGGAUUCUUGGUAAUAAGCAAGGUCCUUAUAUUAAACAACCUUCUCAUUCUAAUUUUAUGAGAUUAGGUAAAGAAAUUUCUUUGGUUGGUAUUGAUUGCAGAACUGAACGUAAGUUAAAACAAAUUGUUUCUCCUUCUACUUAUAAUUUAAUUUUCCAGAGAUUAAACAAAGAAAUUAAACAAAAUCCUGAAACAAAACAUUUAUUAGUCAUGUUGGGGGUUCCUAUUUUAUAUCCAAGACUAGUUUGGUUAGAAGCCAUUUUAACCAAUCCAGUUUUAAAACCAAUUAAAAAAUUGGCUGCAAGAGGUAUUAUCAAUCGUGGAUUAGUUAAUGAAUUUGAUGGUGGGGUUGAAGUCUUGGAUGAUUUAAAUGAUCAUUGGUGUUCCAAAAAUCAUAAGCGUGAAAGAAAUGAAUUAAUCAAAAAUUUAAUGGAAUUUGGUGCUGAAAAUGGAGUAAGAAUUACAAUUUUAUCCGGUGAUGUUCAUUUAUGUUGUAUUGGUAGAUUGAAAUCAAAAUAUUAUCACCAUCCUCAUAGUCAUCCUUUACAUUUAUCUUCCGAUGAAGCUGAAAAUAAAAAUUUCGAUACUUUAAAUCAUCCUCAAACCGAUGCUAGAUUGAUUUUUAAUGUCAUUAGUAGUGCCAUCAUUAAUGCUCCUCCUCCAAGUGCAAUGGCUUCUUUAUUAGAUAGAAGAUCUAAAAUUCAUCAUUUCAAUAAAGAUACCGACGAAGAUAUCAUCCCAAUCUUUAAUAAAGAUACCGAUGGUUCACAAAGAGAUAAUCUACAAUUUUUAAAUAAACGUAACUGGAGUGAUUUAAUCUUAGCUAAACAAUCUUAUCUUUAUAAAGACCAAGUUGAUCAAGGUAUUUCAAAAUUCCCAAGCUCUUUAUUUGAUGACGAUUUAUCCCAAAUGGAAAAACGUGAACUAAAUGAACGUUAUGUCAAAUAUCCUCUUUUGAACGAUUCUUUAGUUACUACUUUACACGUUGAAAAUGAUGGUAAUGAUUUCGAAGCAAACACCGCUAGUUACGAAGUCUUGAUUCCUAAAUUAGAAGGAAAAUAUACUUUCGACUCUGCUCCAAUCAAACAUUUGGCAUAAUCAUCUUUGUUUCCUUCCUUUAUUUUUUUGCAACUGUUA